GUUGUUCAGACUCACUGCACCAUCGGGUCUGCAGGUGCCCACAUCUCUUGAGCAGUUCCCACAUUGAUUGGGAAAAAACACAGCAUUGCUUAACAUGGAGACUGCAGCGUUCACCUGCUGGCUCCUGUUUCUGCUGUUCAGCCCAGCUGUUCCCAUGUGUUUUCCCACUGACUUCACCCUGUACGUGGAGAGGCCAGAGUGUGACUACUGUGUUGCGAUCAACACUACCAUCUGCAUGGGAUUCUGCUACUCAAGGGACAGCAACCUGAGGACUAUAGUCGGCCCACGCUUCCUUAUCCAGACAGGCUGUACCUAUGACAAGGUGGAAUACCGUGCAGCAAUACUGCCCGGCUGCCCCAUUGACUCCAACCCCCUCUUCACCUACCCGGUGGCCCUCAGCUGCUACUGUGGGGCCUGCAGGACUGACAGCGACGAGUGCGCGCACAGGGCCAGCGUGGGCGGAGCUCGGUGUACCAAACCAGUGAGACGUGUCUACCCAUACCCUGGCCAGAGCACCUACAUGACCCCUUUUUGAUUUCUCUGUUGUCAUCAGCUUGUUAAAGUUACCGAGCUGAAACUGCAUGAACCGUGAAUGCUUUGGGAAGAGACAAAGGUCAUCCUUUAGCUUGUUAUGGAUACAGUGAUAACUGUCCACGCUGUCUGCUCUGGUACUUGUUGUACCAGCCUUUUUAAUUGUGUCUUUGUUGCCCAGUGUGUCUGUGCUGCGGCUCUGCUUCUCAGUUUACAAUGUGGGGGUUGAUCCCGGUGCGCAUUUUUGUCUGUGUCAUUAUUCAUCCCCCUGUACACUCGUGUGUGUGUGAGUGUGUGUGACUGCCAGACGUAUUAUGUUUACUCUGACGGGGAUUCUGUGAAUGCAACCCAAUUAAAGCUGAAGUCUCUAAAUAGC